AUCGCGCCCAUGCUACACGUAUCGACACGAGAAUUCCGUCAGCUGUUUCGUAUUCUGUCAAAACGCGUUGUGCUCUGGACGGAAAUGGUGGUGGACGAGCUCGUGUAUCACAACCACGAAGAUCGAUCCAACGGGACGCUCGAGACACACCUGGGAUACGACGACACAAACGAACAUCCCGUGAUCUGUCAGCUCGGUGGCAUUGUCCCAUCCCACACAGCCUUGGCGACCCAAUUGGCGGUGGAGCGAGGCUACGACGAAAUUAAUCUCAACGUGGGGUGUCCCAGUGACCGGGUCAGCGGGAAACGCGAAUUUGGUGCCGUGCUUAUGAAACAACUCUCCCGCUUGCUGUUGUUGGUACAGGCGAUGCGAGAGAAUGCCGGCGAUACACCUAUUUCCGUCAAAUGUCGACUCGGUGUGGACGAUUGGGACUCCUGGGAAGUGCUGGAGGAAUUUGUCGAUACGCUCCGUCCGUACUGUCGGAUUUUCUACGUACACGCGCGCAAGUGUCUGUUGCAAGUACUGAGUCCAGCGCAGAAUCGACUCGUUCCUCCGCUCAAUUAUCCACGGGUGUACCGAUUGUGCGAACGUUUUCCCGACUGUGACUUUUACAUCAACGGAGGCAUUCCCGGAUUGCGAGCCGCCAAA